AGCUGUGAUCGAUUUUCGAAAACAAAAUUACGGUUGCUCCAUUCAUAUUAGUCUUUUUGAUAUAUUAUUGAACUAAAUUAGAAGAUAUGGAAGUUAUAAUGUGUUCCAUUUCGUACCUUUGAUACUUUUCGAUCGGUAUUUAUUGCUCAAAACCAAAUAUUGCAAAUACGAAAGAAUCACACCUUGACGUAGGAACCGAGGACAUUUUUAAAUGUAUUAUUAAUCUCGUGUAGAAAUGAUUCAAAGAUCAAUACAAAUUGUAUAGAAUCGAUAUUGUAAUUCAUUGGUAUACGUAAAGGUAGAUCGGUUAUUCAAUUCAUAUGUGAAAAUGUUCUGGAUUAUUGAGCAGUGCUAAUUCUGUUCUACAUUCAGUCUUAUAUUUCAAAUUAUUGGCAGAUAUUUGUAAGGAUUAAAGGAGGAAGUUACUAAGACUUCGUUUAAUAUAUACGUACAAUGUCUUAUAAUAACACUACCCAACCAAGCAUUUUAAAUGUAACGGAGGAAGCACUACAUGUGGUAUCUGAGGAAGAUAUAUAUGGUUUCUGGAUAGGAUUUAGUCUGGCUAUUGUUUCAAACGCAUUUACUGGUAGUAGUUAUAUAGUAAAGAAACUUGGAUUAAACAGAGUGGCAAAGAAACAAGAAGGAGUACGACCAGACCACGAUGGAUAUGGUUAUCUAAAAGAAUGGCUGUGGUGGGUUGGAAUGUGCUUAAUGAUCUUUGGAGAAAUACUGAACUUUUUAGCCUACAUUUUUGCUCCAGCCACAUUGGUUACACCACUAGGUGCUCUGAGUGUUAUUGUGACCGCUGUUAUGUCAUCAAUUUUUUUGAAAGAGAGACUCAAUAUAAUAGGUAAAGUGAGUUGUGGAUUGUGUGUGAUCGGAUCCACUGUCAUGGUUGUACAUUCACCCCAGGAAACCCAAGUUCACAGUAUGGAUGAAAUGUUAGAGAAAGUUCAAGAGCCAAUAUUUAUCGUGUACUGUUUAACAUUAUUAGCCGUUGCAUUGGUGUUCAUAAUAAUCUUAGCGCCGAAAUAUGGAGGAAAAUACGUACUGGUUUACCAAGCAAUCUGUGGAAUACUUGGCUCUUUCACAGUUAUGGGAUCUAAAGGAACCGGUAUAGCUAUAUCACAGACAGUAAAAGGGGACCAGCAGUUUACGAACUGGUUUACUUAUGUAAAUCUUGCUAUAGUCAUCGCAUGUAUAUUGGUUGAGUUGAACUUCCUGAACCGGUCGUUAGCUAAAUUCAACACUGCCGUUGUGAUACCAAUCAAUUACGUCUUAUUUACAUCGUUCGUUGUUUCCUUAUCUGCUGUUUUGUUCAAAGAUUUUUUCUACAUGAACUGGAAGGAUAUAGUAUCGUUCUUCUUAGGUUUCAUCAUUGUAGUAGGUGGAAUAUUCUUACUGAAUUCCUUUAAAGACAUGGACAUUACAAUGAAAAAUUUACCGAAGGCUCAUAAAAAGGAAAUUGAAAAAGAUGAGACUAUCAACAUACUAGUCAAUGGAAAUAUAAAAAAUACUAAUGAUACUUAUCGAAAACUGGAUAACAGUCAAAGUAUAGCCAGUAUAGACCAGAUUGUAUUUGAAACAAAAUGAUAAAUAGAGAUUAUAAAUGUAGGAGAUUUAAUAUGGCUACGGUCCAUGUGAUUUGUGAUUUCGUUCCAAUUACGUGGUUCCAAUCACGUGGUUCCAAUAUGUCAAUGACAUGGAAGAACAACGGAUAAUAUUGUGAAACAUGUUACGGCUCCUGUGCAUUUUCAUGUCUUAUUUUGUCACUUGAUGACGUUUUAGUCACGGGGGUGGGGUCGAGGGGGGAGUCACCAUACAAAUGUGGAUACGUAACAGACGUCUGACCGGGGUUUAACACCCCAUGGCCACCCAUUAAUAUAUAGAUUUUUGUGAAAAUCCCUUCCCAUUAACAAUUUGUUUAGGAAAAUCAUAACCCAUUUAUAUAUUUUCCAGCGAUUAGAUAUACAAUUGGUGACAUUUUAUUUACCUGUUAACCACAUUGGAUCAUUCAUAUUAUUAGAUAAAAAGACCAGUACACAGUUUUUAUCGACAUGUAUCUGAACAGAAUUAAGAUGAAAAUUUUUGAUCUAUUAACAUCAAAUCUAAAAUAUAUUUGACAUUUCAAAUAGUGACCGAUAUCAGCGACACGUCUGUUCAAACAUUAAAUUUAUAUUGGAAGAGACCCCUCCCCUCUCGUGGUUUUAUUUAAAACAGCAUAAUAGUGCUCCGAUUUCAAUCUCCAAAAAGGGAAUUGUUUCAAUGAAUUUUCUUUUUUCAAUUAGAAUUUGAGCGAUAAGUGACUGCACGAAAACGUUCGUACGAGAAAACAGAUCUCCUUUCAUAGCCUUUUUUACAGCAUAAUAUUUUAGCAUAAACACAUUGUGUAUUCGCCUAAAGUUUAAGAGGUAUUGUAUUCGCCUGUCUUGGUUAAAUGGUGGCCUUUGACAUUUGUAUGGGUUACUUUCCGAAAAGCAAGCAUAUUUAGGAGUAAGACCUAAGACUGAUUGGCUCGGGAUCGGAAUAGUAUACCUGGAUAUGUUGGAAUAUCAUUCUUUGGACAGUUACGUUAUGUACUACUGACUGUGCGGUAUGGGCUGUGCUCGCUCAUUGUUGAAGGCCGUACGGUGACCUAUACUUGUUAAUUUCUGUGUCAUUUGGUCUCUUGUGGAGAGUUGUCUCAUUGGCAAUCAUACCACAUCUUCUUUUUAAUAGCACGUUAUAAAUCCAUCUCAGUGAGUCCGUCUAAUAAAAACAUGUUUCCGUCCUGAGUGUAUAUGUAAUAUUUGUCACAGAACGUUAAGCAGUUAUCAAUGAAAUAGCAUUGAGUUAUAGUUACAUGUUAAUUACAAAGGACUUAAACAUUUAGUCAGGAAAUAACUGUAAAGCAGUUAGGAACUGUAUCAUGUGUAGGCCGGGUAGAUAUUUAUCUAAUACACAAAGUUAAUUGUCCAUACAUAUUGUAGUAAUAUUAGAUCCAGUUAACAGAUCCUAUUUCAACGCUUUACUUACAGGGCUUGUAAUACAGACCCUGUUAAGGGCUUGCAAGCAAAGCGUGUACACAUGAUCUUUAUUUUAAUCAGAUUGAGUAUGUUUUAUUUAUUUACAUAUGAAUGAAUAUGUUGUUAUAUGUUUUGUUAUUGUUGUGUGUGUGUUUUUGGCAAACUUUUAUCCUAUUGUUCUGAAUAAUGAUGUUUUUGGAAGAUUUUCUUGAUAAAACAUUCUGUCGAAUCUACGCGAUUAUUUUGUUAAUUUAUAGAUAUUUAAUGUCUUUCUAGAAUAAAGUUUGUAAGAGUUAUAGAUAUUUAAUGUCUUUCUAGAAUAAAGUUUGUAAGAGUUAUAGAUAUUUAAUGUCUUUCUAGAAUAAAGUCUGUAAGAGAGUAA